AUGAGCCCACAGGACCGACUGCGCGAAAACUCGGAGUAUCUCAAGAAACACUUCGCACCCCCGAAGUUCCAGGGCACCGUUCUGACUGUCGACGAUGCUCGCACUUUCCGCUGGACCGAUGCGAUCGCUCUUAUAGAGAUCCGUCGUUUCGUUGGAGGCCAGCAGAUUCAGGACAAUUUCUCAGAGGAACAAUUGCGGCCACUUCACAACCGGCUCUGCAUUCUCUACGAGGGCUGGUCGAAGGAUAUCCAGAACGCACUCGUAGCGAGCUUGGAGUUGAAGAUACGCUCCGUGAUACACUCGCUGAUGUCGAUUGGGGCGUGCGAAAGAAAAGGCCAUACGCUGGUGUGGGAUGCGCGCACCGGAGCCUGGAAUGACCCUUACUGGGACGGUGAAUGUCGAAGCCAAGACCAGCUGGACAAGAUUGCAGCCUGGAAAAACAGCAACGCGGACACUGCCAUACCGUGCCCGAGCGAGAUUGCAUGCUGGAUGCUCUAUGACCAGCAGCCGCCACUCUUGGAGUCCGCCUCCGAGCCCCAGCCAGCCCCUAAGACUGAAGCGUCGCCCGAACCGCUCACUAGGCAGCCUACCUUCAAGCCGGAGCCGCCGUCCACCUUCGAGCCGGAGCCACCCGUCAUGUCCGCCUUUGGGCCGUCCGCCUUCGAGCCCCAACCGCCACCCUCUGUGUCCUCCUUCAGGGCAUGGGAGGAGCUUGAUAGCUCCCUUUGGAAUGUCUUCAGCUUCCCCCACGCAUGCCGAUCCACCGGUUACGAAUACGCCAACAUGAAGUACUUCCUCGCAUGUGCCCUCUUGGACGAAGCCUGGGCUCGCCUCGAACGGACGCAUCAGUCAUACUGGAAUCAAGUCGUGGCGCUGGCCAAAACCUCCAACCUGGCUGAACUUCAGCCGCUCAUGAUGAGGAAGCAGCGAGACGUUUGGCACGGAGAACAGGCGUUUAUCGAGGCGGCCAGAGACAAAGCUAGGCUGUUCAAGGAGCUGCAGGAGACUUCGAUGCAAAGUUCGUUCUCGGCAUUGACUGGGUCUAUCAGGAAUACGGGAAAGGGGAAGCAGCGUAUUCUCUAG